AUGUUUAAACUUAAGCUGACCGCUCUUGGACACCCCAAUCCUGAGAGUUUUAAUUGUGAAGACGAGAAAGAAUAUAGGAGUGUUGUUCUGUGGCUUGAAGAUCAAAAAAUAAGACAUUACAAGAUUGAAGAUCGAGAAGGCCUUAGAAAUAUCGAUGCGGAUAGUUGGAAAGAAGCAUAUGAUUUAUAUCAAAAGGAUUUGGUGAGUCCUGUAUCUGAUGGGUCACCAAAUGAACAAUUAAAUUGGCUUUUAUCGUAUGCUGUAAGACUGGAGUUUGCUGACAACGUUACAAAAUACAAGGAUGCAAAAAUUGAACAACCGAAACAGGCAGCCCCAAAUGUUGUGUCAUCAAAUCCACUGGACAACCUCAACUUUUCAAGUCCCGCAUUUGUAAAUGGAGUCGAAAGAGUCUGUGCACUGACUGGAGUUGGACCCCACAGUGAUCCAAAACUGCGAUUGUCUGCUGUAGCUAAGAUUCUAAAGACUUCACCACAUCCAGACUAUCCUAGAACUGAAGUCAGUGUAGUACAACAGCCAGCUGAUGUUCUUAAGCUCCUGUUUAUACAAGAUCUUCGAGACUUGCAGACCAAGAUCAAUGAAGCUCUGGUUGCAGUUCAAAGUGUGACAGCAGAUCCACGUACUGACACUUCACUUGGUAGAGUGGGUAGAUAA